CUUCCACUUCCCUCCUCAUCCUCCCCCCACUCCCCCUUUUGAACCUUGCGUCUCUCCACGCCUCUACUCUUGAUUCUCCCUCCUUCCUCUUCUUCUCCUCUCGUCUUUUCCUAACCUCUGAGGACAGCAGGAUGGAGGACAGGGUGUGGACUGUGUGCUUUCUUGUCAUUCUGACGCUGGGAUGGACUGACGCUCAGAGUCACAACAACUUCACCAGGCCGAUCUUCCACUGUGGAGGCCACCUGGUCACAGACACAGGCAUCGUGGCCAGUGAAGGAUUCCCCAGUCACUACAAACCCAACAGUAAAUGCACCUGGUACAUCACUGUCCCAGAGGGCCACGUGGUCAUGCUGUCUUUCCGCCUCUUCGACAUGGAGGCUGACCCCACCUGUCGGUACGACUACCUGGACGUCUACAAUGGUCACACCCGCUUGGUACAGAAGCUGGGUCGUUUCUGUGGGACGUUCCGGCCUGGAGCCCUCAUCUCCACCUCCAACACCAUGAUGUUAGACAUGGUGUCAGACGAUGCUACUGGAGGAAGAGGCUUUCUCGCUUCCUUUAGCGCAGGGAAGCCACAUGUGGAAGAGAAUCAGUUCUGUGGAGGACGUCUGACCAAAUCACAGGGCUCUGUCAAGACGCCCAACUGGCCCAACUCUAAUUACCCAGCAGGCAUCAGCUGCUCCUGGCACAUCUCUGUAGAACCAAGCAAUGUGAUCGAGGUGAAGUUUGUGAAGCUGGACUUGGAGGCUGACAUGUACUGUCGCUACGAUUAUGUGGCAUUGUUCAACGGGGGAGAGAGGGAUAACUCGCGGCGGAUCGGUAAAUUCUGCGGAGAUAGGUCACCAGGAACAAUAGUGACAAAUGGGAACGAGCUCCUUGUCCAGUUCAUCUCCGACCUCAGCGUAACGUCAGAUGGCUUCAUGGCCCACUACUCCAGUGUGCCUCGAGGGUCUCGGACGCCCACCGUCGGGGGAGACUUCAUCUUUCGACCUGAAACGACCUCAACGCCACAAAGAACAGUCGUGAAGCCAAGCAAACCCACCAAACCAACCCCCAAACCUAGGCCUGGCCUCCAGCCUAAACCCACCCCAAAACCGACCAAAAAGCCACUGGGGAAGAUACCGCAGAAACCUCCACCACGCAAACCUAUCGUCAAGCCUGCAGUCAAGCCCACGGCUAAACCCAAACCAGCUAAACCCACACCUAAAGCACCUGUGAAAAAGCCUGCGCCUAAACCUGGAACUAAACCUACACCCAAACCUAAGAUUAUUAAGCCAACGCUCAAACCAUUCUUCAAGCCUAAACCCACACGCAAGCCCACACUGAAGACCAAGCCCACCUUAAAACCUGGUGUCAAACCAGUAAAGCCAACCUCCAAGAGUGGAGUUAAACCAACAGUCAAACCCAAGAUUAAGCCUAAGGUGACACCUAAACCUGGAGUUAGCAAGACAGUGACGAAGAAGCCUUUUAUGAGCAAGAAACCUUUACCACUGAACCCACUGUGUAUACAAGCCUGUAAGAGGACAGGAACUCUCCAAUCCAGCUUCUGCCCUCAUAACUUUGUGAUUACGGGUAAGGUUACAUCUGUGACCACUGGUCCGAGGGGCUCAGCGACAGUUGAGGUAUACGUAAUCAAGACCUAUAAGGCAGGACAACUGAACAUCACGAAAUCAGGGCCGAUCAUGUCGGUCACAUUGACCUCCACCUGCAAGAGAUGCCCUGGGCUACUCAAAGGCCAGAACUACGUGUUGAUGGGAAAUGUCGACGCACAGGGCAACGGCCUUCUCAGCCCCUCCAGCUUCACUCUCCUCUAUAAGCCCAUCCACACCAAAGCACUGGCCAACCUCUCGCGCAAAUCGUGCUAACAUUACAGGCCAGCCCACCAAAGAUGGACAGCCCUGACUAUCUGUCUGAAAAAAAUUAAACUUAACAUAAAGAGUGAAAAUAUUAUCCAAACCUAAUUUUUUACACAAUGCAAUACUGUUGUGAAAAUUAUUUAAAAGAAUAAACAUACACCAUUAAGUAUAAUAUUUUGUAUUUUGUAUGUAAAUUGUAAUAUUUCUAUGAUAAAACAUGUGCAUCAAUAAAACAUGAUUUUAAUAU